AAAAAAAAUCUUAAUAAGUCCCAUAAUAAAUAAAUUAAAAUCCCUCCACUCUUCUCCCUCCUCGUCUCCUCUUGUCUCUCUCUCCUCCUCACCUUCGUUUCUCUUACAAGACUCCUUCUUUCUCUCUCUUUUGUCUGUAUUUUCCUGUUACUUAAUUAGGGUUUUCUUUUCUUUUAUUUUCUCUCUCCUCUCUUUCUUUAUCUAUAGCUUUUUUUGCGGAUUCAAAUUCAAGCUCCAAAAAUGGCUUCUUUAUUCUUCUCAGGUACAUUUUCCCAACGUUACUUUCUCUCUCUUCAAAAACUACGUGUUUGAUUUUAUUUCUCUCUUUGCUUGAAAGUUUCAACGAUGAAGACUCUUCUCAGAUCCAAUGAUCUGAUAAUUUGAUAUACAAAAACGAUAUAGCGUGGCUCAGGUUUUUUAUUCAAUGCGUGCGCUGUUCGUGAUAAUUUUGAUUAUAUAGGAAGUUGGAAUGGUUAAUUAUUGUUGAAUUGAGGAAUUUUGAUCUUCAUUUUGGGUUUUGAGAGUUAAUAGUUUUGACAUAGAAAAUGGCGAUAGCGGGUUUGCAUAAUGUUCCAGUGAUUGAGUCUGCCAUUCUCAGGGAGUCUCAAUCGUCGUCAUCAGGACGCAUUGGAAAUCAAGGGGGUAUAAGCACCCGAGCAUCCUCAAUCCGACAGAUGUGGCGGGAGCUUGAGGAUGAAUGCGUGGUGAAUCGUGUCCGUGAAAGGAGGAGGUCGAGGUUGCCUGUUGAGAGCAAUGAGGGCGUGUCAAAUUGUCCAGAAAGGGAAGGUAGGGGUGGUUUGGAGGAUUUGAGUGAGAGUGAAAAUGGGUCUGUGAUCAACUCUGAGAGAGGGAAUAUAAAUGAGCAAGAUGAUCGUCAGAGUAUGUCAUCGGAGCAAUCUCAAGAUUUUGGGCAAGUUGAGAGGGAGAGGGUGAGGAGAAUUUUUCAGGAGUGGAAGAAUACUGGUGGAGCUACCCAAGCACCGAGUGUUCCCCAUAGGAACCGAGGUUCAAGGGGUCAAUGGCUCGGUGAGACUGAGCGUGAGAGGGUUAGAGUUGUGAGGGAAUGGAUUCAAAUGACGAGUCAACCGAGAGAAGAUCAAUUGUCUGAAGCCGGUUCUCAGAUUGAACAAGUCCGUGAUGCGCAAGUUCCUGAUCAUAAUGAAGGUCAGAUUGAAAGUAACCGAAGGCCAAUUCGUAGAUUAUGUGGCAGGCAGGCCCUGGUUGAUUUAUUGGCCAAGAAGGAACAAGAAAAACGGCAAGAGCUUCAGGGCUUGGAGGCGACUCGGCCUGUUAGUCGUUUUGCUCAUCGCAACCGAAUUCAGUCAUUACUCAGAAUUCGAUGUUUUCAGAAUAUGCGUUCAGCUGAGUUGGCGAGCCCACGUUCCACUGCAGAAAGUGAACUGGGAUUACUCAGGCAAAGGCAAACUGUGUCAGAGUUGAGGGGAGGUUUUCUAUCCAGAUUAGAGAACCAUGUUCAAGUUCAAGCAAGUGAUCUCUCUGGUGGUUCUUCUGAGAACAGUCCCCAUAGUUGCAGAGAUGAUCAAACCCAGGCUAAUAGUACCAAUGAGGUCGUUGAUGUUGCUUGUGAGCAAAAUAGUCCUGCAAGUGAGAUCGUUGAUGGUGCUCUUGGACAAAAUGAGCUUGCAAAUCAGGUCGUCGAUGUUGCUCAUGAGCAAAAUGGUCCUGCAAAUGAGGUCUUUGAUGGGACUUAUGAACAAAGUGAUCCUAAAGGAGAUUCUGAUGUCGGUCCGUCAGCUAAUGCAAGUCAACUGAGAGAACGCUCAAGUGGAUGCAUUAAUCCACAACUGGAAGCCCAGGUCAAUGCAGGGCUACAGCUUGCCUCUGAAGGGGAGAACAGAUCAGAGACAGCUACUAGUGUGCCUCCUAGCAGUUCUUCAGUUGAGGGUUACUCGCUGAUGAAUUCUCAAGAACCAUCAAGAAGCCAAAGCGGAGCAUUUAGCGAUCUAGAAGAAACCCAUGAAAUGUCCCGCCACUUCGAUACUCAUAGAGAAGAAAUCAACAUCCAUAAUGUAUUAGAUGAUGAAGUGCAUGUAUCUGAAGAUGUGAAUGACCAAGAAUCUAGUGUCCAGGUGGAGGAUUGGCCAGAACAAAGUAGAGUGUUUGAAGAAAGUGGAUGGCAAGGUAGUGUUCUAUCAAACCAAUGGAGAGAUGAUGACCAAGUUGAAACAGACAGACAGCAUUGGCCUGGAGGCGAUGAAGAAUUCUCUCAUCGUGCAUUGGAAAGUGAAGCUGGAGAGCAAAAUGAUGCACAAGAUUAUUGGCAUGAAAGUGGUUCUCUGGAGACUCCAAGAGAUUGGUUGGGAAUGCCUUCUAGUUCCGGAGUUGCUUCUGGUAGACUUGAUACGUAUUAUUUCUCUGACGACGAUAAUGUGUAUCAUAUGGAGCUUAGAGAACUUGUGAAUAGAAGAACAGUUUCAAGUCUUCUUCAUAGUGAUUUUCGUGAGAGCCUGGACCAGUUGAUACAGUCGUAUGUGGAGAGGCAAACAAAUGCUCCUGAUGAUUGGGAGCUACAUGAAAUUUCUCUUCCUCCUUUCACUGUGCAGAAUCAAGAUCACCUAGGCACAGACCACGGUGAGGAGUCAGGACCUGAAGGCAUUCAUGCUGAGGCAAGCCAACGAACACUUCCUAGACCACCACCUCUCCCUCAGGCACAUUGGGGGAACCAUCCGAAUUGGUCUAGACGUGAAUCACGACAACCCCCUGGAACCGAGUGGGAGAUCAUUAACGAUUUGAGGAUUGACAUGGCUAGGCUGCAGCAAAGACUAAAUAACAUGCAGAGAAUGUUGGAGGCCUGCAUGGAUAUGCAACUUGAACUGCAACGAUCUGUGAGACAGGAGGUCUCCGCAGCUCUGAACCGAUCAUCCAGUUCAUCAGACGCGUUAGAAAGUACGCUGCCUAAAGACAGUUACAAAUGGGAUUGUGUAAGGAAAGGUAUCUGCUGCAUAUGUUCUAACACCAACAUUGACUCCUUAUUGUACAGAUGUGGGCACAUGUGCACAUGCACAAAAUGCGCGGAUCUGUUGGUACAAGGUAAUGGGAAGUGUCCAAUGUGCCAGGCACCUGUUAUUGAAGUGAUCCGUGCUUAUUUUAUACAAUAGAAUUAAUAAAAUGGAGGAUGAGAUUGUGAGAGAGUUGGUAAUCCAUGCCAACAUAAUCUUGUCAUUUUUUUGGGCAGCUUCUCAGUGCUCAGUCCUCCUCGUGUUUACUACACACAAAUACAAUAUUUUCUUUCCGAUUUCGACCAUAUUUUCUGUGUAUAUCCUGAAAAACUAUGACCGAUAGAAAAUACUCAUAAUUAUUUGAAAGGAAAGAAAAAUUAACAGGAGCAAACGGCUUCUUUGAUUAUAUACUGAGUUUAGAUGAAGCUUUUGUAUGGUUGGUGCCCCGGGUUUAGCUCCGUUUUCUUCGAGGAUGUACAUAUAAAUGCAGUUCUUUAAUUUUGCUGACA